AUGGAAGAUCUCAUACAAGCCCUCAACCCAUAUCAUGAAGUCCUACUGCUUGCGACUGUGGCGGGACUCGUCUCUCACCAAGGUUUCCGCAAGUACGAGCCCACAAUCUCGGGCUUCCUAGGCGUCUUUUUUUCUCUUCAGGCCAUAACCUUCCUCCAAAAUUUUGUUCGGAAUGGCUCCAGUCCCGAAAGUCUUGUCUCUAGCACGCUAUUGGCGGCUAUGUUCGGUGUGGUCUACUUGGGUGUGCUUGGGAUAAGUAUCGUCCUUUACCGGGUCUACUUCCAUCCUCUACGGCAUUACCCUGGACCCAAGCUGUCCCGAAUCUCAAAGAUUGAGUGGGCUUACCGCACUCGAGGGGGCCAUUUCUACUUGCACAUUGACAGAUUACAUAAAAAGUAUGGCGAUAUAGUCAGAGUGGGACCAAAUGAUCUCGCUUUCUGCGGUGUAAAAGAUGUACCGCUCAUCAAUGGUCCUAUGUCAAAAAUGGCAAAAGGUGCACAUAUGGAUGGAUCUCCUUGGGCGAAGGCGCGCUCUGUCACCUUUGUGAAAGAAAGGGCCGAGCACAGAGCGCGACGCAGGAUUUGGGAUCAAGGCUUCACAACUUCCGCUUUGCAACAAUAUGAGCCACGUAUUACGUCUCUGCUGGAAGCGGUUUCAGAUCAAUUCACAGCUCGGAUAGGGCAAGAAAUAAAUUUUGCCGAUUGGACGUCGUUUUUCUCCUUUGAUGCGAUGGGAGAUCUAGGAUUCGGAAAUGAUUUUGGAAUGGUCAAAAAUGGUAUACCUCAUAUGUAUAAGGAAUACAUCCAUAAAGCUUUAAAGAUGCGCUCAGUUUGGAUUAAUCUCCCGUGGUGCAAGUAUAUCGUCAACUAUCUGCCAAUGGACGACGAAAUGAAACAGCAGACGAAAAAGUUCGUCGAUUUUGGAAACGAAAGAUUUAAUGCGCGCAAAGCAAAAGGAACAACCCGGGCCGAUAUUUUCUCUCAUCUUCUUGCACAAGACGAGGAAUCUGGAGGCAGGAUGCCGGAAGCUGAGUUGCGGGAAGACGCCAAAGCAAUUAUUAUUGCAGGGAGCGAUACAACAUCAUUUGCACUUGUUGCCGCACUCUUUCUUUUGGUCCAGAAUGAGCAGGCAUAUGAAAAACUCGAAAAGGAAAUCGACGCGCUGAAUGCGAAAGGCCCGAUGAGAGGAACCACCCUUGGUCCUGAACAGGCUCCCUACCUCAAUGGGGUUAUCAACGAAGCUCUCCGCCUCUUUCCACCUGCUCCAGAGCCUACGCAGAGGACUUAUGGAGAAUCGCCGUACAUCUUGAAUGGGAACCUCAUUCCGCCGCAUACAAAUUGCUACGUCAGUAGCUAUACCUUGGCAAGAGACGAAAGAAACUUCUCACAGGCCGAAAAAUUUAUCCCAGAGAGAUGGAUCGAGUCUUCUCGACCGGAGAAGUUUAACCACAACCGAAAGGCUUUUGUUCCUUUUGGCUCUGGGCUUUUCAAUUGUGCUGGCAGGACACUUGCACAACUCGAACUACGCCAAUUCAUCGGAACCCUGUUGCAUCGCUUCCACUUCAGUGCCGGACGUAACUUUAACCCCCAAGAUUUCCUGUCAGCUCUCAGAUCCAAUGGGACUAUGGAGUCUGGCAGUCUGCCCCUGUUGUUGACUGCUCGGAAUGUAAAGUUGGAAGCAGCAUGA